AUGGCGACCUCUCAGCGGAUGACCCUGACCACAAUGGGUUAUAAAUUAUAUAAAUCCUUUCCUUUCCUUAUGCUUACUACAGUGAUCCUUCAGUUUGAUCUUGUAGUAGAAUUACCUGGCGGGGCGGGCAGUGAGGAUAGACUCUCCGCCCCGCCUGGCGGCGAGCGUGGCCUCCUCGGCCGCCCCCGCGGACGGGCCCACCCGGGCUCGCGUGGCUCAGCCCCGCUCGGGCGCGGCUCGCCGCGCAGCCCCGCCGCUGUGUCUCCGCGCAGCCCCGCUCGGGCGCCCGCGCCGCUCGGGCCUGUGUCUCCUCAGCCCCUGCAGGGCCCAGCGGCCUCCCCGUUUAUCAGCGGCGACCGCAGUCCACUGCCCAGCCUGCCUUCCCUGGCCACCGGCUCAGCUGCCAGGCUCUGA